AUGUCGAAUUAUUUUUCCAAGGCGCUUCGCACGCAAACCAUUAAUAUUCCUCCACCUCCCCUCACCGAGCAAAACCUGCCCGACCAAUCCGGACGGGUGCAUAUCAUCACAGGCGGCUAUGCUGGCGUCGGGCUUGAAUUGGCAAAGAUACUCUACGCCAAAGGAGCAACUCUCUACAUCGCCGGGCGCAACGAAGAGAAGGGCCAAAAAGCAAUCGAAGACAUCAAGAAACAACAUCCCUCUUCAUCCGGCGCGCUCAAAUUCCUGCUCCUCGAUCUCAGCGACCUCAGCACAAUCAAAUCCUCCGCCGAAACCUUCAUACGCCAGGAAUCCCGCCUCGAUGUCCUUGUCAACAACGCUGGCGUCAUGAUCCCGCCAAAAGGCAGCAAGACGGCGCAAGGCCACGAACUGCAACUCGGAACUAACUGCCUCGGACCCUUCCUCUUCACCAAGCUACUUAUGCCGGUGCUCAUCCGCACCGCGGGAACAGCGCCUCCGAACUCAGUCCGCGUCAUCUGGGCGUCGUCGUCGGGAAUCCAGGUCUGGGCUCCGGACGGCGGUGUUGUGUUUGAAGGCACUACGGGGACUCCAAAAGUAUUCGACGUGCCGCGAACGGACUACGGGCAGUCAAAGGUGGGCAAUGUACUCCUCGCCGUGAAGCUGCAGGAACUUUGCCGCCAGCACGGCAUCGUCAGCGUGUCGUUCAAUCCCGGGAAUCUGAAAACGGAACUGCAGCGGCAUACCGGAGGUCUGCUCAGGCGUUUGGGAGAUGCGAUGCUGUACCCUGCUGUCUUCGGGGCGUAUACGGAGUUGUAUAGUGGGUGGAAUGAGGAUAUCACUGCUGGCGGGGGAGUCACGUAUGUCAUGCCUUGGGGGAGAGAUGGCUCGGAGAUGGUGAGGGAGGAUAUAAGGAGAGGUAUGAAGGAGGGGUUGCAGCAGAAGUUUUGGGAUUGGUGUGAGAGGGAGACGGAGAUGUAUGCGUAG